UUCGGUUCGAUCAUUCGUCGCAGUAAGUCCAACUCGCGUCGUGGUCGAGAGUCGAGGGUGGCGCAGAGCUUGGCCAAGUCACAGUCUCCUCACCUCUCUCUCUCUAAAGAAAUAACAAAAAAAAAGGGCGCGCGAGUGCGUUAAAACUAAUUUCUAAAUAUAUUUGUGUGUUAAUACCAAUUUGUGUCUGCGUUAAUUAAUGUCGUGAAGUUGAACGAAUUAUGCAAUUGGCCUCUUUGCCAAGUUGAAAAUCAAAUGAAACUGUUUUUUGUAAUGCGAGAAUACAAAGAAAAGUGAAGCUGACGCAAGGCUACAAAGGCUACAGCAACAAUAGCCGAACAACAAGCAACGGCACUCAAAAAAAAGCCGUUUUAAAACAAACACAAAUACAAAUAUAAAGUGUAAUAACUGCAACUUAAGACGUCCACAGCCAGACAGACAGAAAAUGGCGCCUGCAGCGACUGCGAACAUUUGCGUCAGCUGCGCACGCCAACGCCAAAGUCGACGCAGCGCCGGCGCAGCAGCAGCAGUGGCAACGGCAGCCGCUGGCAGCAAUGCCAUAUUGCAAAUUUAUUGCGCCUGGGCGCUGAUCACACUGCUUACAGCCAGUGUUGCCAUUGUGCAGAGUGCUUCGGUUUCCUUUGGUGGCCUGCUGUCGCAUCCCACAUUUAAGCCAUUGUGCAGCGCUCAGCAUGAGCAUUUCAUCGAGAGCGAUGGCAAAGAAUCUAGUCUCAUCAUUGAACUGAAACCGGGCACCUAUGGCGCCCAGCACGCCUCCUGUUCCCGCAUAUUGAGCGCACCGCCCAGCUACGGUUUCAUAGUGCGCCUCAUUUUGCCCAAGCUGCGACACGCCCAGCACACGGACAGUCCCAGCAACGGUCCCGCCUUUGGUUCCAGUUCCACAUCCACAUCGACAUCGACAUCCAGCAUUAUGCCCGCAAAGUCACAGUCCCAGGUCGGCCAGACGACCAACGCCGGCUCAGCGGCACUGACGGGCAUGUCCACGCUGAUUGAGCGACUCAAUGCAACUGCAGCAGCGGCGACCUCAUCUGCCGCCGUUGUGGGACGCACCUGUCCCCUGAAUAUUUUUAGCUCGCUGGAUCCGCAUACGGCUCAGUGGCGCGUGGAUCCCUGCCAGCUAGAAGAUACCGCACCAGAGAUGGAGGAUCCGGUGCGUCUGUUUCACGGACGUGUGCGCAUCGUUUGGGAGCAUGGACAGCAUUCGCUCAAGUCCAAGCUGAUGAUUACGGUGCUGGGUAAAGGGGAGCAGUGCAUGAAUGAGAACAGGCAUCAGUGCUUGAAGAUUGGCGAUGAGCCCAUUCUGUGCAUCUCCAAGGAGCUGGCCUGCGAUGGCAUACGCCAUUGUCCGUAUAGCAAUGAGUACGACAGCGAUGAGGACUAUGAGCUGUGCUAUAAACAGCGGCGUCCUGGCGCCGGCUCAUUGCCCUCGGCACUUGAAUCCGAUCUGUUCGAGCAGUUCGCACUCGAGGUCUUUCGCAAUCUGUUUGCCUAUGAUGCGCCCACUGCACCCGAGGAUCUGCCCCGCAAUGCCAGCGACAGCGAGUUAACUGCUGCUGCCAACAACAACAACAACUCGACAACGCAGCUACGCAAAGUCCACACCAAAGACAUGAAGAAAUCGGGCGUUGGCGGUGGCGAUGCCAUCGGUUCGCCCAAUGCCAUCGGUGUGGAGCAAUCGCCGGAGUCGGAUGCCAAGGCACACGAUAAUGCCACCGCUGAGAACAAUGUGAGCAGCAACGGUAGCGGCGCUGGCAGCGGCUUCACGCGUCGCAACUCGACGCGCACCGGCCUCCACUCGGAUCUGUCCAAGUACGGGCCGUGGGGCUAUCUAAUGCUCGGCAUGUUGCUCUGCGGCGGUGCGCUGCUCAUCUGCGGCCUCUGGGUUUCCUGUUGUCGCUUGAGCUCUCACAUUCAAUCCAUACGUACACUUACAGCAUCCGCAUCGCAGCACGCGGUUAACAAUGAGCGCGAAGCGGCGCUGGCCGCCGCCAAUGGAGUUGGCAUGGACACCGGCGGCACCGUAUCGCCACCAAACUAUGAGGAGCUGGAUCCACCGCCGGCUUAUUCGGUGCUCUUCCCCAAUCAGAAGGCCGCCAGCAGUAAUACGCUGCAUGCGCUAGAUGGUGUGGUUGCAAGCACAACAGCCGCAGCAGCAGCAGCAGCAGCGGCAGCAGCAGCAGCAGUCGCAGCCACACUUGCAUCCACAGUUACAGCAACAACCAGAGCAACACCAACACCAACACCAUCAGCAACUACAACAAUAACAACUGUAACAGCAACACCCGAACAGCAACAGCAACAACCACAGCAACAACAACAGGAAGCAGGAGACGAGCGAACAAACUAGGUCUAAGCUUGACAAUUAGGUCGCCACAGUGGCGCAUCUGGCAAAGUAGCUUAGGUUUAGGUUCCAACAUCUUUGACUGACUCUGAUGCAAUUAGUUUAGCAAAUACAUUUUUAGUUGUAGCUCUUAAGCGUAGGCCUAUGUUAAAUGUUUAAUUAUAUUCAUACAUUUAUGUUAACUGGUCAAUCCGAUCUAUCCCAAAUACGUCCCAAUGCCCGUCGCAUGCCAAGCAUACGCCGGACAGACAAAUCCUACAAACAACAUACAUAAUAUAAUAAUCCAAUCCAAACGAAUUGUUCAAUUGCUUGCAACUUGAAAAAUAAUACUUUUGCCUACUAAAUAAAUGAUUGUAAAAAAAUGUAUCGACAAAUUAUAACAAUAACAACGACAAGUCGAAUAUAUUUUGUAUCUUUGUUAAUGUAAAAUUUAAUGUGAUAUAAAUUUAAAACUUAAUAAAAAAAAAGAAAAA